AUUACUGUCGGUUUGAUUAAUUUCCAAGUCAACUUGAAAUAAUAAUCAUUUUGUCGGAAUAAUGUUGUGAUUAAAAUGGCUGCCAGUGUCGGGCAGGAUUUUUCUAGGAGUAAAGAACAACUUACAGAUGGCGAUGGUGAUGGCGAUGAAGAUGAUGACGAGGAAAUAUUAGAUCCGCGAGUUAAGGUAGAGAAAGGCUACAGAACUGAUAACAACUCUUGGUCUUUUAGAAUUAAAAAGUUAGGAUUACUGCUACAGUGGCGGGGAGUCAGAUAUAUUUUUGCUUUUUGGAUCGCGUUCAUCAUUGAAUCUAUUUUUUUCACCAUUCAGGGCGAACUCGACCGGCUGAACUCCUCAACCGCAGAGAUCAAUCGUUUGGAACAAGACCUCGAGGUAUACGUAUUGUAUACUCUAGUUGCUAGCAUUUGGUCCGUGUUUAAUAUUUUAGGGAUAAACAAUACCGAGCUUAUGUUGUCCCCCUUACUGGAGGAUGAAUACGUCAUAUUUUGACGGCAAUGUUUUUGUUGUAAGCUCAAGUGCUAUUUUAAACUCUUUUAAAAUGUUGUUAGAAGGAUUAUAUUGGUGUUAUUUAAUAGAGAAGAAAUCGAUCAAUUCACAUGUAAAUGAAGAUGCAUUAUGUGGGCAAGCUUUUGUUUGAAAUAAUCCUCUUAGUGUGUGCCUUAAAGCUUAGAGAGCAGAAGUGGGCGAUUUCAGGAAAAAAAUCCUGCUAACAGACAUCAAGAACUAAAGGAAAAAUUAUUUCAUUGUGUUAAAAUUCUUACAUUUCGUAAUAGAGGAGUUCACGCUCAUAGUUGCAUCAGGGGUUAAAUCAGAGCAAGAUGGCGGGAAAUGAGAAGAUUUGUAUUAGAAUUCAAAGCCAGCUAAUUCUUCCUGAAUUCGUAUAUUUGAUGCUUUCUCUUUGAAAAGAGUAACUUACGAGUUCAAAGAAACAAUACACUAAAUCUGGAGUGCAAAGAAGUCUGUGAUCAGUUUUAAGAAAACCUCAAUUUUUCCAUACAUUUUCUGUAAUUUUGAUACUGUCAAAUUACAGAAAAUGUAUGGGUAAAUCAAGGUUUGGCUCAUGAAAAGUUUGGCGUCUGACCCAGGCCUCUGGGGGGUUACGUAUGUCCCAAGUCUGAAAUAUUUUAAAGCCUUUCGUUUCAUGUAUAUUUGAGGAAAAAGGCAUGUCACUGUCGGGUUUUUUCUAUUGUAUUUGCUCUUUUGUCUGAUCAACCCAUCUUUUUGUCAUUGGUUGUUAUUUCUGCUGUCUUAUGUCACUGUUUCAAGGCCAUAUUGCUUGUCGGAAUUUACCCUAACAGGGCCUCGAGCGGAAAGUUAUGAAAAUUUGGAGAAACAAUGGGAAGGGAAGGGGCUCUAGCAUUAUUCAAGAAUCUUUUAAUCACAUAUCUAAAUCUUGUAAGAGUUGUACAAGUCAAUGAUAAAAACUCUGAUGAUCCCAGUUUUUGCUUUUACCGUAUUUAUUCAAAUAAGCGCCCAACCUCGAAUCAGCGCCCACCUCAGAUAAGCGCCCAUCCUAAAGGCGGAAAAAGUUAAAGGGACAGUGUCCCGAUUAUGCGCACGCACGAGCGUCAUCUGUUUUUUCGUCCGAAGACAAUGGAACUGUCAUAUUGACUCGACAAGAUUUCCCUCCGGACCGCACUGCCGACGGAGAUUUGUUGUUUAUAUUCUCAAGUAAUAUUUUAGACUUUCGAAGAAGUCUUUCGUCUUAUAUAAAUAUUUGGCUCGCGGUUCAAAGACUCAUCGCGAUUUUAUCGCUAGCUGGGCCGCCUUGCGACCCCAAAAUCUCGUUUCGCUCGCUUUAAAAACAUAUUUUCAAAUUUGAAACUCGUGUCAGAGGUCAAUUGUGCCAAGUCCAGUAAUAUCUGCCUGAUUUGCUCGCGUUCUAGCCUCAAACAUUGAAAGACAUUAAAAAAAAUGCAAUCUUAACGCUAUGAAUCAUCACAAAGGUUAGUCAAAAAUUAUAUUAUGAUUUCAGGGCACUAGUUUUUCUAAACAUGUAGCGCCUGUUUGUUUGAUUUUGUCGGCCGUAGGGAGAUUCAUUUAAAAGUUUACUAACGUGUCCUUGCAAGACAUUCUGCUUCGCGAAGCUCCCCUCCACAAGAUCUCCUCAGUCACAUCAAUGUCUCAAUGGUUUCUUUCUUAGAGUCUUUAUUGUUGCUGUUUCAUUUCUGCGUAUUCCUUUCACAAUUAUCUGAGCUUGUAUGGAAGCUAGCAGAAGAAAUAAGCCUUCAAUCGGCGUCAAAGUGCUUCCAAUCUUUUGGUCCUCUGGCCAACGGCAAUAAAAGUAAUGCCAUAAAAUCCAGAUUUUGCCCAAAUCGAAACUUAACCGGAACAAUAUAUCACUGAUCUGUAAUCCUGAGAAGUUUAAUUGUCGUAUUGAACCCAGCCAAGUGCGAUGCAAACGGAUUUUUCAAGGUCCCCUACUCUCCUCGCAUCUUUUGAUUUCGCGACAUCCUGUCCAAAAAUCGAAGUUUGGUGCAUGCGCAGUAACGGGAUACUGUUCCUUUAAUAAGCACCCACCCUUGAAUAAGUGCCCACCCCCUACUCCUCCCAAUCAAACUCAAAUAAGCGCUCACCCCACCCCACCUCACCCCACCCACUUGAGUGAAUAAAUUCUAAUAAGAGACUUCUAAUAAGAAACCUUGCUUUGUUACUUCUUCAAGUUCUGUUAUUAGCAUUUAUUGUUUUGUUACAAAAUAAACAUAAUUCACUUGCUGAAAAUGGUGAAAAUCUUAUAAGCGCCCAGCCUCGAAUAAGCGCCCACUCUCAAGGUCCAAAAAUUUAAUAAGCGCCCAGGGUGGUUAAUCGAAUAAAUACAGUACGUUAAUAUCAAUAAAUGACUUAAAAAAGAAAAACAUUUAUAUUUAUAAUUUAUAGAUUUUUUAUGGGUAAAAUUAAUGGAAAAGUGUCAAAGAUGUAGAAAUGAAUACUCUUCUUCAUAAUCAACUAUCUUCAGGAGCUACGAGCAACAUUCAGGCAGACCCUGACAGAAUCAGCAUACGUUCUCAAGAGUCAGUCGGCCUUUCUGGGAAACUGCGUCAAACAAGCACGACCAUAUUAUGAUGCUGUGCGCAAAGCAAAACAGGUUUGACAAUUGUGAUAAUAUUAUGAUAAAUUAAAUCUAAAAGCAGUGAAUACAGGUCACUAGGUUCCCGUGGGAUCUUUAACAUAACCUGACAGAUUUUUGAAGGAUCUUAGUUGGAUCCUAAACAGAUCAAAUCUUAAAGAAGAUGUUGGCAGAGAUUUUGCUGUUAGGAUCUUAGCAUCAGGACCUGAACAUCGAUGAAAUCGAUAAUUGAUGGACAAUCGAUCACGAAAUUUUUUGAGAUUAUUGAUUAUCAUCGAUUAUCAAUAUCAAUCGAUAAUCGAUAGGAAUCGAUCAAUUAACAUAAUAGAUAGUUAUCAAUAUGCAAUAUCAAUCGACUACCUAUUCAGUCAAACAUUUCAAUUUUCAAUUUCAUCGAGUACUUAAAUAAAGUUACACAUUUUGAUAUCAUUGCUUUUUAUUUAGUAAAAACUGGCGGGUAGCAAUGCGUAAACUUGUUUAUUCACCCACACGUUUCGCACGAGUUUAAGAUUCAUACAAACGUACUACGGAUAUGUGUGUAAGAAAAACAAACCCCACUGUUAUGCUUAUAUGCUUCAACGAAACAGCUGGCAAAUUAGGCAAGGUGUGAAUUAUUUUAUGCGUGAUGUAACGUUUGGAGCCAGUUUAGCUAAGUAUUCGUAAAAUAUGUUUAAUUUAAUGCACACAUUUCUGUUAUGUGGGCGUCUGCACAGACAUAUAAAGAAAGAAGAAAAAUAAAUAACAAUGAUCUUAAUCGUGUUUGAACGACGACUACGUCCCAGGUCAGUUGAAUCUUUGCAAUGAACUCGAACCUUAAUCGAUCAAGUUUGUACUACUGACAAUGAGAUAUGUUAAUUGUCUUAAUUAUUUGUGCUGUUUUUCACGGAGCCACAUCGAUGAACAAUUCUCAAACUUAAAUGCUAUUGAGGUUUAAAAAUAAUAUACGAUCUACGUACACUCCCGCGAUACCUGAAGAUACGGAGACAUGAAUUUAGUGCCAAUCGAUGGCAAUUGAUGAAAUUCGCGACCACCUAAAUGUGAUUAUUGAUUGAUCAUUGAUUGACCGAUGCCAAUCAAUGCUAAUCAGCAGUAAUUAAUCGAUUGUCAUCGAUUGAUCGAUUGAUUUUCUGAUCAUCGAUUUUCAUCGAUUGUUCAGGUCCUGUAGCAUCCUGUUGGCGGUCCGGUGAGAUCUUUAACAUAGGGACUUGGACAUGCAGGAACUUCGUAGAAUUUUGAACAGGAUUUGAAACAGGAUCUUGGUUGGAUCCUAACAGGAUUUUAAACAGGGUCAUGGUUGGAUCCUAAAGGGAUUUUAAACAUGAUCUUGGUAGGUUUCUAACAGGAUCCUUAGUACUAUUAUCCUAUAGGUUUCUGUGAGAUCUUAACAAGGACCUUAUAUUGGACAGGAUAAUUCUUGCAAGAUCUUAGUUGGAUCCUAACAGGAUUUUGCAGGAUCUUAAAUGGUUUAAGUACAAUAUAGCAUUCUCUAGGUUCCAGUAUGUAAGAACUCAGCGAUUUUAUUUUAAUGGGGAUGAUUUUUUCAGUCACGGAUUGAGACUCAGAACGCAGCUUUGAAAUAUGAGAGAGCUUGUAGCUCACAUCAAGCAGCCAAGAAAGUUUUGGCAAUGGCUGAGCAGAAACUAGUUUCCACAUCCAAGGAACAUAAAGUGCUGGACCCAACAUGGCAGGAAAUGCUGAAUCAAGCUGUACUUAAGGUUUGAAUCCCCAUUUAGAUAUGUUUCUUUCAUUAUUUAAGUUAACUUUUGACAUUUAAACUUAAGCUUCAAUUACCUUCUGAGGAAGCAUCUUCCUGACAAACAAGCCUGUAUUGCAUUUUAAUUAGCAUUAGAUAGACGUGCUAUGGUUUGCCUGAGUACUAUAGUGUCUUCCAUUUCUGAGUUAAAAGAAUGUAAUGUAACAUAAUGUAAUGUAAUGUAACGUCAUGUAACGUCAUGUAAUGUAAUGUAAUGUAAUGUGUUCAUUAACUGUAAUAUAACAGUUAUAUAAUUGUCAUAUAACUGUUGUAUAACUGUUAUAUAACAGUUAUAUAACUGUCAUAUAACAGUUAUAACUAGUAUAUAUAACUGUUAUAUGACAGCUAUAUAUAACCGUUAUUAUAUAACUGUUAUACAACAGUUAUAUAACUGUUUGUCAGUUUUACUGUGAUAUAACUGUUAUAUACAGUAUAUAUAUAACUGUUAUAUAACAGAUAUAUAUAACUGUUAUAUAAGUGUUAUAUAACUGUUUGUUAUAACUGUUAUAUAACAGAUAUAUAUAUAACUGUUUGUUAUAACAGUUAUAUAUAACUGUUAUAUAACAGUUACAUUACUGUGUAAUAUAACAGUUAUAUAGCUGUUAUAUAACAAUAUAUAUAACUGUUAUAUGACAGUUACAUAACUGUUAUAUAACAGUUAUAUAUACUGUUAUAUAACAGUAUAUAUAACUGUUAUAACAAACAGUUAUAUAACUGUUAUAUAUCACUAAUAUAACUGUUAUAUAACUGUUGUUAUAUAACAGUUAACUGUGCAAUAAAUGUUGUUAUAUAACUGUUAUAUAACACUUAUAUAACUGUCAUAUAACAGUUAUAUAUAACUGUUAUACAACAGUUAUAUAACUGUUAUAUAACAGAUACAAAUAACUGUUAUAUAACAGUUAUAUAACUGUUUGUUAUAACAGUUAUAUAACUGUUAAAUAUAUAACAGUAUAUAUAACUAUUAUAUGACAGUUAUAUAACUGUUAUAACAAACUGUUAUAUGACAGUUAUAAAACUGUUAUAACAAACAGUUAUAUAACUGUUGUUAUAUAACUGUUAUAUAACAGUUAUAUAACUGUUAUUUACAGUAUAUAUAUAAAACUGUUAUAUAACAGAUAUAUAACUGUUAUAUAACUGUUUGUUAUAACAGUUAUAUAUAACUGUUAUAUAACAGUUACAUAACUGUUUAACAUAACAGUUAUAUAGCUGUUAUAUAGCAGUAUAUAUAACUGUUAUAACAAACAGUUAUAUAACUGUUAUAUAACAGUUAUAUACAGUUAUAUUACUGUUAUAUAACAGUUAUAUAACUGUCAUAUAACAGUUCUAUAUAUAUAACUGUUAUAUAACUGUUUGUUAUAACAGUUAUAUAACUGUUUGCUAUAACAGUCAUAUAACUGUUAUAUAUAUAUAACAGUAUAUAGAACUGUUAUAUGACAGUUAUAUAACUGUUAUAUAACAGUAAUAUAGCUGUUGUUAUAUAACAGUUAUAUAACUGUCCUAUAACAUUUAUAACUGUUAUAACAGUUAUAUACAGUAUAUAUAACUGUUAUAACAAUUAAGCAAUAGAAAACGUUUUCCAUGUUUGCAUAGCCUGAUAUAAACACGAGAGGGGUUGGGAGAAUUCGAAACAGUUAUGCAAACCCGAGACGAAGUCGAGGGUUUGCAUAACUGUCGAGAAUUCUCCCAAUGCCUCGAGUGUUUAUAUCAGGCUAUGCAAACACAGGAAAAAAGUUUUCUAUUGCUUUUAUAAAAUAACUUUCCCGAGAAAAAUCUGAUUAAAAGAGAAAUUCUUACCAGUCGCAAAAUCUUGUCCACGAAGUCUUGCACGCGUAAUCAGCUCUUGUUUUGGAAAAAGAUGCUUUGCAAAAUACGGAUUUUUGUCGCUUAAAAUGUCAGCUUAAGCGAAGAAAAAUUGACUCACCUUCUUUGUAACGAUUUUCCAUGUUUCAGCAGACAAAGGAAUGGGUAAAUAAAGUAAACUUGUCGAGUUUUGAACUCGAAAACUUUUUCAAAUUCGUGCUUGCGUGAUAAGCGCGCGAAAAGAUAAACAACUUGACGCCACAACCAUGUUUACAUACUCUCAUGCAAACACUCCUCUCGGCCAAUCAGAGCGCGCGUACUAUCUUAGUUAUUUUAUAAACAGUUAUAUAACUGUUAUAUAACAGUUAUAUACAGUUAUAUUUCUGUUAUAUAACAGUUAUAUAACAGUUCUAUAUAUAUAACUGUUAUAUAACUGUUUGCUAUAACAGUCAUAUAACUGUUAUAUAACAGUUAUAUAACUGUUUGUUAUAACAGUUAUAUAACUGUUUGUUACAACAGUUAUAUAACUAUUAUAUAACUGUCAUAUAACAAUUAUAUACAGUAUAUAUAUAUAACAGUUAUAACUUUUUGUUAUACUGUUAUAUACAGUAUAUAUAUAUAUAUAACUGUUAUAUAACAGUUAUAUAACUGUUAUAAAUGUAAUGUAAUGUAACGUCAUGUAAUGUAAUGUAACGUCAUGUAACGUCAUGUAAUGUCAUGUAACGUCAUGUAAAGUCAUGUAACGUCAUGUAAUGUAAUGUAAUGUAAUGUAAUGUAAUGUAACGUCAUGUAACGUCAUGUAAUGUAAUGUCAUGUCAUGUCAUUUAACGUCAUGUAAUGUAAUGUAAUGGAACGUCAUGUAAUGUAAUGUAACGUCAUGUAACGUCAUGUAAUAUAAUGUUAUGUCAUAUAACGUCAUGUAAUGUCAUGUAACGUCAUAUGAUGUCUUGUAAUGUAAUGUAAUGCAACGUCAUGUAACGUCAUGUAAUGUAAUGUAAUGUAACGUCAUGUAACGUCAUGUAAUGUAAUGUAACGUCAUGUAAUGUCAUGUAACGUCAUAUAACGUUACAUGACGUUACAUGACAGUUAUAACAACUCCAAAUAGAAAUAAGUAAAUGUAAAUAAAAAUUUAAGUGGGGGAGAUUUUCUCUGAAACAGGUGUCGUUUUAUUCAAGUAUGUCAGUUUUCGCAUUUUUUCAAUUUUCCAUUGAGCUAGUACUUUUGUUGCUAGAUCAGAGGAAUUGGGGGUUUUUCUAACAAUUUUGCAUUUUAGUAAUAAUAUUUCUGAGUUUGCAGGAUCCUGAUUUUUUGAAACAGUACUCCCCUUUUUAUUUUGUCUCUCACUGUUUUUCUGUUGGAGAAUUAACUUCAACUUUGCUUGGUAGGUGAUGGAAUCUGAUAAGGAGCGAGUUCGGAGUGAAAAGGAUCACCUACAAACUGCACGUGCAUUCUCUGAGGCUGGGAAUAAAGUGAAAGAAUUAAGAACUAAACUUAAGUCUGCCAUCAACAAGUCCAGGUAACCUAGGACCUUAGUAAACUAGAAGUCUCCAAAUUGUGUAACAGAAUGUUUUUCUUGUUUUGCCUGAUUGACAACCUUUUUUGUCCAGCCAGGAGUAAAAUCUGUGUCUGUGACAUUUUUUUUUUUUUAGGUAGAUCUUAAUUUCGUGAAGUAGUCUUCAUCCAAAAUUAUAUUAAUCUUGCAAAAGCCCAGUCAGGAUCAGCAGGCUGUCACCCGAGCAGUGUCUCCUCUUCUUCCCUGCCCUGCUUCCUUCCCCUCAGUCCUAGUUUUAUACUUUGCCCUCAUGCAUCUUGUGCGCUUCUCGUACUAAAAAGCUAAGAGGAAAUGAAAACAGCUGCUACACAGGCUGACAUCAGUUUGGUUGGUGUAUAAAACCUUAACAUGUAUGUAACACGUACAAUCAAAUCACUCAACUGUCUCCCAGUAGAUUUACUCUGAGCUAUUUAACUGAUGCAUCUGUUCAUUUCUAUUGCAGACCGUAUUUUGAUUUAAAGAUGAAGUAUGACUCAAUAUUAGAGGUAUUUACUGUGUUAUUCAUUUCGCUACGUACUUAUUUUAUCACCCUCAAAUACAGAAUACACGAUUUUCAGGUGAGCGAUGGCAGGCACAAAUAUAGAGCAACCAGCACCAGUUAUGAGACACGUGCGCCUUGCCCCAUUGCGCAUGUGUUAUGUCUGGCACUCCUUGCUCGAUAUUUAGCUCUUGCCUUCACCAUGCUGAAAAAUGCACAAUAAUUGAUAAUGCCUGUUCUGCAGGCUAACCCUGAAAACCCUUUCCUGGGUGGGCACUUAUUUGAAAAUGAGUGGGAGGGGUUGGGGUGAUGCGCGCUUAUUUGAGGCUGGAUGCUUAUUAACAUUUUCUACCUUUAGGAUGGGCGCAUAUUCGAGGUUUGAGGUUGGGUGUUAUUCGAAUAACUAAGGUACUGUGAAAAAGAUACCAAAACCUCCUGAUAUAAAACAUCGCUCUUAUAUAGUGACUACUGGGGUCUUAAGUUCAGGGUCUUACAUCCAUUGGUGUUACGUUCGGGGGUCUUAUUAUCAGGGGUCUUGAAUCCAGGCUUCUUACAACAAAAAGGCGUAUGGACAAGCAGUCUUCUUACAUCCAUGGGACUUGCGAUCAGGGGUUCUUACAUCCAGGGGUCUUACAUAAGGGUGUCUUACAUCCAGGGGUCCUACAACCAGGGGUCUUACAACAAGAGGUCUUACAUCCAGGGGUCUUACAACCAGAGGUCUUACAACCAGGGGUCUUAAAACCAUCGGUCUUACAACCAGGGGUCUUACAACCAGGGGUCCUACAACCAGAGGUCUUAUAACCAGGGGUCUUACAACCAGAGGUCUUACAACCAAGGGUCUUACAACCAUGUGUCUUACAACCAGGGGUACUACAACCAGAGGUCUUACAACCAAGGGUCUUACAACCAUGUGUCUUACAACCAGAGGUCGUACAACUAUCGGUCUUACAACCAGGGGUCUUACAACCAGGGGUCCUACAGCCUGGGGUCUUACAACCGGGGGUGACGUCACUAAAAACCCAUGUUAAUAAGGUAUAGUGAUUGUGUGAGCAUGUGAUGCGAUCACAAACUUUGUGUUCUUAAUCAGUUAUCCCCAAAUCGUGCACUGUAUAACCUGGAGUCUUACAACGAAGGGUCUUUUAACCAGGGGUCUUAUAGGCGGAGGUCUUACAGCAAGGCAUCUUACAUCCAGGUGCCCUGCUUUUAUGGGUGUUUUGAGUAGGAGUCUUACAACCAGGGGUCUUACAUCCAGGGGUGUAACGUUUAGUGAUUUUACGACUAGGAUUCUUACAUCCUGGGGUCUUACAAUCAUGUUUCUUACGACUAGCGGUCUUACAGCCAAUUGUUUUUCACAUUCAGGGGUCUUUACAUUCUUUUUUCUUCGUCGAUGUGUUCUCACAGCCAGGGGAAUAAGUGGUCACUAUAUAACAGCGACGAUUUAGAUAAGAUGGUUUUUGAUUUUUUUUUUCGGUAUUUGAUAUGUCGCCUUUUCGCAGCUGCUAAUAAUGAUCCGAAUUUACACUUUUUGGUUUGACCAAGUAAGCAAAAAAUCGGGAUUCUACUGUAAUCUCCCUCGACGUUUGCAGUGUUUACAAAUGUGCGUCCAUUUUUGUUACAUCUCCUAUGGCGUUUUAAUGUAUAGGCUCCUUUCUCGGCCCCUCCAUGUCGUCAAAGUGAAGGCGUUAGCAUUCAAAUGUUAUUCACCUUGGUCCUCAAAAUGGACAGUCUGAAGAGGACUUCACAAAAAACAUGGGGCAAGAAACAAAAACAGUGUGCUUGAGGGAGAAAGACAGGCGAGGAGGAGUUCGUAUGUCUUUCUUCCUCGUGCGUACCGUUUUUAGAACCCUGCGAGCAGUGGUUUCUCUGGUGCAUGGCUUUUAGCGUUUACGGAAUCGUUCGCGUGGUUUUUCUGUCGUCUAGUUAGUUUGUUUACGCCCCGUGAGAAAUCAACUAUGCGACAGACAAGCCACGCGAACGACUCUGUUAACGCUAAAAGCCAUGAGAGAGAGAAACCUCUGCUGGCAGAGUACGUUUUGACUGACGCUGGCUGGUAGAUAUCCCUAAAUGGAGGGCUUGCUAGCAGGCUUAUAAAAUCACAAUAUUGAUGUUUUAUUCCUAAGACAGAAACGAAAAGAACACGGAACAAGCCACAGGUGGUCACCAUCAUUUCCAGUAUGAUACACCCCUUGGGGAAUCUUCUUAAGCGAUAUGUUUUCUCAGGUUUUGACAUGCUUUUCUUUUUUGUCCAGGAACAUAAGCGACAAGUUGAGUUCACUCAAGAAAGUCUUCAAAAGGCAAAGCGAAAGUACUCCCUAGCUCUCAAGAACUUAGAAGGAAUAAGUGAAGAAAUUCAUGAGAUGAGGAGAAGCCGUGAAAGCCUCGACAUUAUUUUAACGGAGCGAGAAGAGGGAGUUGGGGCAGAGUCUCCGAUUGGUGAUCUUUCUCAUGAUGUUGUUAGAACUGAAGGCGAGUUAUCUUUACAAGACUUUGCUAAGUCUUCACCAAACAAUCCUAUGUAUGGAUUCAAAAUUGCCGUAGUUUCGGCCUCAAGAGAAGACGGGCAAGAAUUAAAAGGCCAGACAGUUUUAAACCCCAUGGAAGAAAGGGAUGGAGUCCUUGAAGGGUGUAGUGCUCUUGAUGAACAAGAACUUAAUAUUCAAGUAAGUAAACACGAGGAACUUUCUUGGGGAAACGGGCUUGAAUGCGAGGCUUCUAUAUGCCAAGAUAGAGUCGAAAGCAGUGAGGAAAUGACUGAACGGUGCAGUGAUGAGUCUGCUUUGAAUCCAGUUUGUCAGGAUGAGACCGAAAGCCUUGUCCGUUGCACUGAAGGAAUAAAAGAAAGUGGGGCUGUUGCCUCUUGCUUACCGGAUCACAAACAACACGUACAGCUUACAGAAGUAGAUUCAGUUGAGCCUCAAGAAACGUGCUUCACAGCUGAAAACUCAGGGGAUGGAGACGACCAGACCAGCGAAGCUGAAAAUGUUAACAAGUUGGAUGUAAAUACCAUUGAAGAAUCAGUUACAGAAAAGGAGUCUAUCACAGAAGAGGAAACCGCAGAUAAGGCUGUAAAUGAAAAGGUUACAAAGCAGCUUUUAAGUGACAGAGGGGAAUUGAGUACUACGGAUGAUAAUGAGGACAGAUCAGGAUAUAUAAGCGAAACUGUGACAGAAUCUGCUGACAUUGUGGAGAAAGAAACGACCAUAGAAACAGGUAUGGAACCUGCGACAAAGACGAAAACACAAACUGUGACAGAAAAGGCCUCAGCAACAGCGACAGAAAUUGUGAUGGACACCGCCACCACAGAAGCAAUGACAGAACCUGCGACAUUGAAUACAACAGUAACAGAAUCAGACAAAAGCACGGAAUCAAGUACUGUGACCGAAACUGUUACAGAAACAACCACAGAAACUGCGGCAAAGGCAAGCACAGAAACAGCGCCCGAAAUAAUGGCGGAUGGUUCGUCAGAAACUGUAUGAAUUGUGAGGUCACUUUCGAAACAAUGCAUACGAAACUCUACUAAUGGGCACCUAGUGCUUUAACCCUUCACUUCUUAACUAUUUACUCGCGUUAACUCAGCUAAGGCUAAAUGUACGUACUCACAUUGGUCAUUCCUCUGCGACACCUGGGGAAGGGCAAAAAUCGACCUCCCACCACUUAUGAAGGCUUGUCAUUAGAAGACCAUUGCCUCUGUUGUAACUUUGGCUUAAUCUUUGUGAUUCACCUUUCAUGACAACUGACGAAAUACUCAUAAAAAUGUUUUAAAAAGCCACAGACUUUUAUUUGGGGUGAUUUAGCAACGACAGCAAGGGGCUUCACAAAGACAAUGGUAUGAGGCCAGGUGAUGAAAUCGUUAUCGUCUAUAGAUAUGACGAUAAAAAUCUGUCGAUUAUCAUUGGCAAGGAUGGUUACUGAAAAUGUAAAAUAACGCUUUUAACCGAUUCUUUGACUUACUAUGCGUUAUCGUUUCAUUUGAAAUGAGUUGCUUACUAAAAUCUGUUGAAUAAAAAUUAUCUUCCGAAAGGGGAAUGCUCGAUAACAAAAUUAUGUUACCAUGUCCACGUUGUUUUAGAAAAUCCCCAGAAAGCAUCCUCGUCAAUUUUAUAGAGGAGUUCACGUAAUGAAGCGUAACGCGUCGUUGGAAUACAAUCGGAUUGUUCAACCGCGGGCUGUGACCUUUUGCAGUCUCUAGUUAACUGCAGAGGGUGUAUGUAGAUUUUUAUGUUUAGUCUCGGGGUAAUUAUUUCAGAGCAGAGAAAUUAUAGCUGCAAGCAGAUAAUUUAAAAACUGUCAGUUUAUAGUUUACGUAAUGCUAGCUAAAGCUAUAUUUAUUCACCAAAACAGAUGAUAGGAAUUUUUAAUUAUUUGACGUUGUGGCGCUAUUUUAAGUAGAAAUCGUGAUGGGAGAAGUUUCGUGAGUUGUCUACCCAUCAUUAUCCAUACGUGCAAAUAACCCCAUGAUUAUAUACUUAAGAAAUUAGAACAACUAGGACCGGGUUUAUUUGCUGAGUUCUAUUUAAAUAGUCUCACUGAAAGCUUUAACCUCAAACCCAAGAGUUAAAUGCAGAUUGUAAACUACCACAGGAUAGUACUG